UGCACUGCCGGACUUUCUAGUGGCCUAAAAUCUCCCAGAUUAGCUUCCGGGAGACUCCUGGCCAAAACAGGACAACCUUAAAUAUGCUGAAAGUGCUUUUCAAAGAUUAACUAUUCACCAGAACAUAGAAUUCCUCAGAACAUAGAAUUUAAGGCAAGAAGGGACCAUGAGAUCAUCUAGUCCAGUGCUUUUCAACCUGUGGUCCACGGACUCCUGGGGGUCUGCAGAUUAUGUCUAAGAUUUCCAAAGGGGUCUAUACCUCCAUGUGAAAUUUUUUAGGGGUCUGCAAAUAAAAAAAGGUUGAUAACCACAAAUCUAGUCUGACCACCUGUAAAUCACAGGUCAGUACCCUGUACCUGCACAGUAACCAAUGACCAAAAUGAGACCCAAGUAUUACAGUCCACAGGAGACUAGCCUGUUACAUGCCCCAGACAGAGAAUAGGAGAGUGCACCAGUGUCUAAGGCCCUUACAAUGGCAGGGAUUACGUGAAAUAUGGCCAGAUAAUCUUGGCAAGUGACCUGCACCCACAGUUUGCAGAGGAAGGUGACAUCCCCUCAGUUACUGCUAAUCUGAUCUGGGGGAAAAUUCUUUCCUGACCCCACAUAUGAUGCUCAGUUAGACCUGACUAUGUGAGCAAAAUCUAGCCAGCCAACCAUCUGAGAGAAUGCUCAGUGCUACCUCAGAGUCCUAGCCCUCCCUGUCCAGUGUCUGAUCGCCCAUGAUGCUUCAGAAGAAUGAGAUUUAAAAAAAAAUCAAGUCCUCUCAGAAUACAUUGGGUGGGGAAUUAUUUACAACUGUUACAAUAAAACUGACAUGCUUAAAUUACCUAAAACAUAGUGAGUAGCUAGCAUAGAUGAGAUUAGAAUUUGACUCCCUAUCCUGAGCUCAGACCAUUAUGCCAACCAGACAAAUCCUUUACUUUUGAAAUCAGACACUGCUUUCAUAUCAUAGGCCUGGUCCACACUAACCCCCUACUUCGAACUAAGAUAUGCAACUUCAGCUACGUGAAUAACGUUAUUCACGUAGCUGAAGUCGAAGUACCUUAGUUCGAAUUUACCGCGGGUCCAGACACGGCAGGCAGGCUACCCCAUCGACUCUGCGUACUCUUCUUGCGGAGCAGGAGAACCGGUGUCGACGGCGAGCACUUCUGGGAUCGAUUUAUCGCGUCUAGACAAGACGCGAUAAAUCGAUCCCAGAAGAUCGAUUGCUUACCGCCAGACCCGGAGGUAAGUAUAGACCUACCCAGUUUGAUUAUAUGCUGGUGUUAGUGCCAGAAUAGAAUCCAAUUUAUAAAGUAGCUGAAAGCCUGACUAGAGAAGAACUGUAGGUGUUUCCCACCCAGCAGAUUUCCCAAAUUAUGCCAGCUCAGAAGUGACAGAUUGAGCUGGAGUUUCAAACUUUGAUCCCCCGAAUGGUAGUUGCGUUCUACUACUGCUGCUAUAAUUAAAUAUUGGUGUUCAAACUCACUAUGUUUAUAGCUCUGAUUUAUGUUUGGUUGACUAGCAUCAUCAGUACUACUUUAAGCUCAUCUUAUAUCAGUGGUUCUCAAACUUUUGUACUGGUGACCCCUUUCACAUAGCAAGCCUCCUGAGUGCCCCCCCCCCAUUAUAAAUUAAAAACACUUUUUUAUACAUUUAACACUAUUAUAAAUGCGGGAGGCAAAAUGGGGUUUGCGGUGGAGGCUGACAACUCACGACCCCAGUUUGAGAACCCCUGUCUUAUAUGGACAGGGGACUGGAAGCUAUUUAGCUAAGGAAGAGCAGGAUUGAAGAAAGAAAUGAACCAAAUGUUAUCACUCUGAACAACACAAUACAUGAGACAUAAUCAGAGAUGUAAUCACAGUGUAAAUGAUUGUUCUAAUGUCUGGUGUCUCCUCAAAUGCAGGAUUUUCUCUCACAGAAUGAAGUUUCACUGCAUUCUCAUUAGAUGUCCCAAUUUCUGGUCAAGUGAAAGGAAAAAUAAAACACAAAAGAGGAAAAUGUUCUCUUUCCUAUCAAUUAAUCCUGGUUUCUUGCUCUGAUUGUUGUGGAUCUGUUUUUCCUCUUUCUCCCAUUAUAGUUAAAUAUUUUAAAUAACAAAAUGGUCUCAAUACAAAAAUUGUUCUUCUCUCAAGCCAAUGAGUCUUUUUAGGUAGUCUCUCUUAUUUAGUUGGCAUUUCUUCCCCUUCAGUAUGUGAUUGUUCCUUAUUAAACAUGAUAGUUGCACUUUGAUGGUAUUCUCACUCCAGUAGCUUUCCUAGAUGUCUAGCUUAUAUAGUUAGGAUUGCAUCUAGAUUGGCUAUAGUUUGAAUGGGUUUUAUUUGUUUAAAAUACGUUUUUUCAAAGAUAAGACUAGAAACCCAGCAGUCUCACUGAUUAGCUCCCAUUUCGCGUGGAUUUACUCAUAAUUUGCAUUACUCUUUUUUCUUCUAAAAGCAAAGAAGUUAUACGCAAUCUGAAAAGAUGAAAAAGACUGAGCUGCUUUCAAGUGAUAAUCAAGUGAGCCCCGAAGACUAAUGCAGAGAAUUAAUAAGAACGUGGUUUUGGCUCUUCUUACUUUGACAAGUUCAGUGUUUCUCCUGUUCCAGUUGUACUAUUAUAAGUACUACUUAUCUCCAAAGGAAGUAUUCUUGCUGCAACUGCAGAAGAGGAUACUGCUGUCAAAAGCUGGUUUGGCACUUCAACAUACUCUGAUUUCAAGUCCUUUGCCAGUGACUGCCACGAGUUCAAAUGGAGCUGUUUUUUCAAAAGUUAAAGGAAGCCAGUCAGGACAAGAUGGCAUACAAUGGCACGUGAUUAAGAAAUUCCUUGGUUUAGUGUCCAGUCACAAUGUACCAGUGUAUCUCAUUGAUCCUUUGGUUCUGAGAUUAAUUCAGAAAGACUUUGAACAGCUCAGCAGCUCUUCUGAUGGCAUGAGCCCAGAAUGCAAGUAUUUGUGUGCUCCACGGGACUUCACCACAUUUGCAUUACUGGACAAAACAUGGAAACAUGAAGUGAGUUUGGUUAGAGCUGCUGAAAAAAUGGGGUUCCGGUGGCUAAAGAUACAGAACAAAGACCCCCGUUUAGAAGGGAUGGAUGACCUCUCUGGGAUUGAAAUUCCCCUCCACUAUAUCUUCAAACUGGCCGCUCAUGCCAUCCACCUGGUGGUCUUUUAUGAGAGGAGUGGUAACUAUGUCUGGCAUGGCCCAUUGCGGCUGAAACAAAACAUAGACAGAAAGUUUGUGCCUUUCCGAAAGCUACACUUUGGUCGCUACCCUGGAGCUUACAACAAGCCAGAAGUACUACAACUUUCCAUUGAUGACUUAAAAGUUCAGAUUCCAAAAAAUCUGUCCCAAUUUCUAGAGGAGAUGUCACACUCUAGGUUUCUUGAAUGUAGGUACAGAGAAGCUCGGGCAUUCUUUCAGCUGUAUCCUGAUGAUGCCUCUCUUGAUGCAGUGGAGUUUAGGAAAAAGGCAAAAGCAUUGCUUCAUCUGGCUGCCCUGACAUUAAAUAACUUAGGAGUGAGGUUCUGGCUGAGCAGUGGAACAUGCCUUGGCUGGUAUAGACAGUGUAAUAUUAUUCCCUAUAGCAAAGACGUGGAUUUGGGGGUCUUCAUACAAGACUAUAAAUCUGAUAUUAUUCCAGCAUUUCAGAAGGCAGGACUACCACUGAAGCACAAGUUUGGCAAGGUAGAAGACAGCUUGGAACUCUCCUUUCAGGGAGAAGAUGAUGUGAAACUUGAUAUUUUUUUCUUCUAUGAAGAUGAUGACCACAUAUGGAAUGGAGGAACUCAAGCCAAAUCGGGCAAGAAAUUUAAGUACCUGUUUCCUAAGUUUACCCUGUGUUGGACUGAGUUUGUAGAACUCAAGGUACAUGUGCCUUGUGAAACCCUCCAAUAUGUCGAAGCCAACUACGGCAAGGACUGGAAGGUACCUGUGAAGGUGUGGGACUGGAAAAGCUCUCCAUCCAAUGUGCAGUACAAUGGGAUGUGGCCUGUUGAUGAAUGGGAUGAUGUCAUUCAAGUCUACUGAUCACAUGGAUGUAACCAGGAUUUGUUUGGUACCAUCGGACCUAUCCAUGCUUAAAUUCCCUCACCCCAAGAUGUCGAGAUCAGUUUUCUGAUCAGUUUUCAUACAUUUCCUAAGGAGAGCUUGAAUCUUUAUUGGCAUAAUAGGUGGUGUGUGUACUUCUCAUGGCACUUGUAUCUGACAUUCUCUGUGACAGCUAAAGGAAGAGAAUGAAGGUAAUAUGUGUGAACUCAGAAGAUUAGCUGAGAGGAAAGAGGUACAAAAGGAAUGUAAGAAAGAUUGAAGUGGGAAUAUAGGCAGGAAAAAAUUAAACUUGAACCCAGACUAAAUGGUUCAGCAUGCUUUGUCUCGUGGGGGGAAACUCUGAAAUACUAGAGUGGAGAUAGAUAAAUUGAUCUAAAGCAUCCCCUAGUGGUUGUGGUAGUCAGUCUGACUUCAGAGGUUACUGGAAUGUUGUCCAGUUACUCAGAGCAGGAGUGACUGCUUUGUGAAAGGGCCACAACUAAGAUAACGAGGGAUACAAAGGUAGCCCUGGAUGAAAAAGUGGAUUAAGACACUGAAGAGUCCUAUUCCCAUCAGAGGAGGUGUGGGCUUUCCUAAUAUGUCCUUGGGAAAAUCUGGGCUCAGUUAACAAAAGUAGAGAUGUUUUCUAUUAACCACUUUAUGUAGAUAUGUCAGGGAAUGCUAUCUACUGUUUAUUUUUUUAACAUGGAGCCGUAUGCUACAGGGGGACACUUUGUAUAAAAGGAGAAUCCAGAAUUCUGAUCGUUGAUGCUCUAAACCAUGGGUCUGAAGUAACCUGGGAGUUGUAAACAGAUUUUAUAGGGUCAUGAUCACCCUCCCUUUCUUUACAGUUAGAUAGGAGUGGAGUCCUGAAACUUCUUUGUUGUUGUUGUAACCUGGGGUCAGGGUAUGGACGAGGUUGAGAAUCACUACCCUCAUCUUUUAAGUCUAAACCCCAGGCUGUUAAUUUGUAGACAGCUGCCAACUCCUUCCUCAGAUUUACAACAGUGUAAUCUAAAGGCCACUGCUGGGGUGUCACUGGGUUUAAAAACCUCACAGCUGUAUCUCCUCUCGUUGCUACUUGCAUUUUUGGUCAGUACAGUAAACUCUCUUGUAUUUCAUUUUGGGGAGGGAUUGCUGAAUAAUAGCUUCGGUCUGAACCUGUGCUUGAGUCCAUUUAGCGAGAUGGAUCUAGAGUAUUCCCAAAGUGAAGUCAGUGAAGCUAAAUGACCCUGAUUUGUUCAGCUCCUUCUCAGUGGGCAAGUCAAGAGCUUGGGGUUGUUAAUGAAAUAUGAAUACCAAAUGUACUGGCGCUAACCCUGGAGCACUCAUGGUGCCAAUGUCAAGGAGUUAAGCAGUUUUGAUGCUUUCAUAUCUGUGUAUAAUAAGGCUGUAGUCCAGAUUUCUUUCCUGGAGUAUGAUGGUUAGCUACAAGUCACAGCUUUUUUGUCAGUUACUGGCUACGAAUAGGACAAAUCUUUGUUUUGUAUUCAGUUGAUACAUAAAUACUGAAUUUUUCAGGUAUUUGUAUCCAAGUUAAUACAGUUUUGAGUAGCUAACACAGCUGCAUCUGAGUGACUGUUUUACUGCUGUACCAUUCCAGGUGCACUCUGGGGCUUCCCUGGUAUUUACAGAGUGCACAACACACUGUAUUCCUGCCAACCCUCCUAGUUCCAGAACUCUCCUGCCACUGAAUACUGCAGUAAAUAAUUCAGAAUUUGGCAAGUACUUUAAAAAAUGGAUUUGUCACAUCCUUAAUUACUACUGGCUUUUUAAACACUACAAAAACGUUGGUGUUUUUUGUCAAAUUGGGGAGGGGAAAAGGUUAAAUCCUAGUAAUGUUUUUACUUGAUGAGGUGAAGCACUGAGUCUGGGAAGGAUGAGUUUUCAUGUGGUACUUUUUGCAUUCUUUUUUGUUGUUGCGUACGGCCUAAAGCUAAUCUCCUUUUGAUGGUUUUAUUAUUCAGAGCUCUGUGUUAAGCAGCACUAUGCUAUUAAAUAAGGUACAGUUGCUCUCUGGUUUUACAAUGUGAUAGAACUUUGGAAUGGAAAGAUAAGAUAGUGUCAGGAUAGAAAAUGUGCAAUCCUGUCACAAGUUUGUGAUUUUAUAUUUGUAAAUGGAAAGGCUAGUAGCAAAAACAAAAAUGCUCAUCCCCUAAGCAGAAUAGAAUGUUUUAAAUAUCUGACUGCAAUACUGUAUAUGUGUGUGUGUGUUUAACUUAUUGUCCAAGCUGUUAAAAUCUUCAGAAGAAAUGUAUUCUUUAACACUGACUAAGGCCGUGUCUACACUACCACUUAUGUCGCUCAGGGUGUGAAAAAAACAUCCCCAGGAGCAACAGAAGUUUCACUGGCCUAAGUGCCGGUGUGCACGGCGCUAUGUUGGCGGAGAGCUUUUCCCGAUGACAUUGCUGCUGCCGCUUGUUGAGGUAGUUUUAGAUGUCUCUGGGAGAGGUCUCUUCCGUCGGCAGAGAGCAGCUACUCGAGCACUCUUACAGUGGUGCAGCUGCAUCGGCACCGCUGUGCUGCUCUAAGCUCACUAGUUUAGACGUGGCCUGAAUGAAUGAGUUUAAUUUUCCACUCAGUCUGCUAAUGUACAAUUACGUUUUGUUAUCUAGGGCAGCAUUUUUAACAUACGGUUCAGUGUUACUGUGGAAUAAUUCGAAGAGGAAUGUUUUUGAUCUUUGUUUUUCUAAAUUGUUUAUUGACCAUGUUUACCUGAAGCUUUUAUUUUAAUAAACUCUAUGAAAACAGUG